UUUUUCUCUUUCAGUUACAGAGCUCAGCCACAGACAAUCUAUUUUUCUGCUGUGUGUAUAUCUUUCUGCAGGUUGUUUGGCUGGAACUCCCGAUCAUUAGAAAACUGGUCCAACCCGUAAAAUGCCCCCAACUGCCAGUGCCAUGGACUUCUUUCAGCUCUUUGUCCCUGACAAUGUACUAAAGAACAUGGUGGUACAAACCAACAUGUAUGCCAAGAAAUACCAGGAGAGAUUUGGCAGAGAUGAUGCUUGGAUGGACGUCACGCUAACAGAAAUGAAAGCCUUCCUAGGUUACGUGAUCUCAACAAGCAUUCACCACUGCGAGUCCGUCCUCAGCAUUUGGAGCAGUGGCUUCUACAGCAACAAGAGCAUAGCACUGAUCAUGACGCAGCCACGGUUUGAGAAAAUCCUGAAAUACUUCCACAUUGUGGCCUUCCGUUCCAGCCAAACGACACAUGGCCUCUACAAAAUCCAGCCCUUUCUGGACUCUCUGCAGUAUAGCUUUGAUGCUGCUUUCAGACCUUCACAAACCCAGGUGCUACAUGAACCCCUGAUCGAUGAGGACCCAGUUUUCAUUGCCACGUGUACAGAGCGGGAGCUACGCAAAAGGAAAAAACGGAAAUUCAGCCUGUGGGUUCGGCAGUGCUCCUCUACUGGUUUCAUCUGUCAGAUUUAUGUCCAUCUAAAAGAAGGAGGUGCUGACGGACUGGAAGCUUUGAAGAACAAGCCCCAGCUCCACAGUAUGGUGGCUAAGAGCCUCUGUCAGAAUGCGUCUGGAAAAAACUACAUCAUCUUCACUGGCCCUAGCAUUACCAGCCUGAACCUUUUUGAAGAAUUUGAGAAGCAAGAGAUCUAUUGCUGCGGGUUGCUGAGUUCCAGGAAAAGCGACUGCACAGGCCUACCUCCAUCAAUGCUGCACAACCCAGAUGCUCCCCAGUCCAGAGGGCAGUACAGAAUAAAAAUGAAGGGAAACAUGUCCCUGAUCUGCUGGUACAACAAAGGGCACUUUCGUUUUCUCACUAAUGCCUAUUCUCCAGUUCAGCAAGGAGUUAUAAUUAAGAGAAAAAGUGGAGAGAUCCCAUGCCCGUUGGCAGUAGAGGCUUUUGCUGCUCAUCUUAGCUAUAUCUGCAAAUAUGACGACAAAUACAGCAAGUAUUUCAUUUCUCAUAAACCAAACAAGACCUGGCAACAAGUGUUCUGGUUUACCAUCAGCAUUGCCAUAAACAAUGCCUACAUCCUCUACAAAAUGUCAGAUGCCUAUCACGUGAAAAGGUACAGCCGGGCACAGUUUGGUGAGAGACUCAUAAAGGAGCUGCUGGGCUUGGAGGAUACCUCACCUUCUCAUUGAUGCAUUAUUCCUUGUGGCUUAGAUAGAGGGUGAAAGGGGACCAGAAGAGGAGACCCACAGCCCUGGAAUGUCAAAGCAGGGAACUCAUGACAUCACCAAUGCCUCUCCCUAUAUGAACGUGAUGCCAGUCGAGGGGUGGAGAUGUUGUUAAAAGUAGCAGCUGGCUGUCGAGUGUCCUGCAGAGAGAGCCACAGGAAAAGACGACACACAGCUGCAUCUGUGAAUGCUCUGCGGGUACUUGUCCAUCCAAAAAGAUUUAAGUUAGUAGCCAUUUGUCUGCCAUAUCAGUUGAACAGGGUCCUCUCCUAAGGCUCCCAUAGGGCUUACCAGGAGCUUGCCGCAAAGGGAUGUAGCUCUGUGGCCCUAGGUGGGCAUUACAAAAACAAUGCCUUUGCCAGAGUUCUUUAACUGUGGGUCAAGCAAUGUUGUGUUAUGGAUGACACUCCCCGACACCUUACAAGGAACGACAUGGUGAAGGAAACAUAUGUAUGUGUUCUUCACAAGCAUUUUGACAGAUUGAGCUGUAAAAGGCAAAGACAACAAAGACUUGGCAUAUCAGUUAAGAACUUUUUUUUAUUAGUAGUGUAAGGCAAUCACAUUGCAAUAUAGGAAUAAAAAAUUAUGGGAAAAUUAAACAAAUUGGAGAAUUUAAAAAAAAUGGGGAAAGCUGAAUUGAUGCAUAAAGUUUAACAUAACUGAGAAUUUCACCUUGCCACCAUAAGCUUCCAUGUUGCCAGUGUACAGGGUGAGAAUUCUCAAAGUAACAACUGAAAAUUAUAUUUUUCUUGAUUUCAGUUGUGUUUCAGGUUCUUUUACAUGUUGCUUAAGAUCUACCUUAAUGGACUGUUACUUAAAUUUCUAUGGAUGUUUUCAUUUUUCCCCUCUCCCCUUUUUUAAAAUAUCAAGACAUUUUUCAUCUUAGAUCUUCAUUUCCUAUUAACACACAUUUGGCAAGAAAAAAUAGUUCACUGAUAGCAGUGUGUUUUCACUGUUGGGUGUUCUGUAGGAACCCUUCUUAGAAUCUGAGAUUUGUCACAGUAGUUGUACUUCUACAAAUUAUAUAUUUAGAAAAAUAGUGUCUCAUUAUUUAAAAACAACAACAACAACAACAACACUGUUCAGGUGCAACUGAGCACUGAUAUCACUGAAGCAGAACAAGACCCAAAUGCUUUCCUUGUUCUGAUCAACUCUCUAGAAAACUAGAACUAUUUUUAAUUGGUGUAGUCUGGUGAGAAUGACCAGUAUUGACAAGAAUCUUUGGCUGAAUGUUUCCAACACAAGACAGAGGUUCCCUGCCACCAGGCUGCUUCCGUGGGGAAAGAGAGAAAGAAAUCUGGUAAUAGGGGCAGAACCCCAGCACUGGAAUAAAAUACCGUUUGUCACAUUAUUAUUGGCUAAUUGUUUAAACCCAAAGUCUAAUAAGCUAGAAGAAUUGGAACAAUUAAAGCUUUAGAACUUAUGGGAACACAUUAAUUUAUAGGGCACAAAUAUUCCUUAAGUUUUUCUUGCAAAGGUUUUGUCCUAGCUCCUUCUGAAAGUAAUAGGAAAGUUCUCAUUGAUUUUGAUGGGCGUUUUACUUGCUAGUCACUGCUCGUUUUUAAAGGGGCACAAGUAGCUGUGCUCCUAAAAUUUGGAUUUUGUUUGGGGGAAAAAGGGGAGUAGGUUAACGCAAACUUUACUUGAACAGUGGGAGGUUGUCAUUAAUUAAGAAGGGUUUAUUUUUUCAUCCCCUCCCGCCCUUGUUAGGGUGCCAGAACAACUGCCUCUUUCUGGUAUAGGAGACCCUUAAGUGAAACCAGCUAUAAAGAAAAGGAAAAUUUGAGCAGUCUAAAUUCACCAUCCAAAGGGCAUAAGUGGGGAAGGAUAAAAUGUUGGCUGGAAAAAACUCUUUGCUCAGUGCUCCCUGGCCUUUGGAGGGCUGUAGAGGAAUUUUGAAAAUAUGCAUGAUCUUGCUCAUGCCCCAUAAUUACAAGCAGGGUUAUAAGAAGCAAUAAAUAGUUAGUAAGGGUCUAGGACAGCAGUUCCCAACCUUUUCCAGAUGGGGAGCCGUUUUGACAAUUCAGGAAGACUUGGUGACCUACGGUAAUUAAAAAACAGGAGGAGGCGAAGGAGAGGCAGAGCCACCUGAGGAGACACUUGGUGACUCUUUUGAGCUGUAAUGGCGACCCAUAGGUUGGGAAACCCUGGUUUAGGAGGAGUGGGGUUAUACAAUUUAAAGCUCAGCUAUGCACAAGAUCAUUCUCUUGGGUUGGGGUGAAAACUGUCUACUUCUGCCAAAUUCUUACACUGCAUCAUAGAGCUUGCUUUUUCCUGCGGCAUUUUGAUGGGUGGGUGAAACGUUUGGCACCCAAACUGGAACUGAUCUGUGCCUAGCGUCAGCCACUGAGGCCUCCUUGCUUCCUCCCUCUUCCCAAUUAGCAGGCUGUGCGAGUCUAGUAGAUCAGUGCUGUCAGGGUAUUUCUCACGCAUGUCCCUCUCCUACCCCAUCCCAUGGGGACCUUACAAAAAGGCAUUCAGCUUUUUGCAUAGAAGCCCUGUGGGGCUCAAAGGAGAAAAUGCAUAUUGCCCAUGUUCCUUCUCCUCUGCCUCGUGGUGAUCCCUACAGCCAGUCUCAGCCCUCUGGGAAGGUAGCCACAUGCCCCGUUCUGUGUAGGAGAAAGAGCUGCACGUGGAGCAUCACCCCCCAUGUGCAAGUUUUUAGUAGAAUAUUCCUCUUCAUGAUUAAGCCUAGAUCACAAAUGAACCACACUAGGUUUGUGGGUUACACACACUAAUUAGCCAGUUAGCUCCUGUUUUAUAUAGGGUGUCAUAACCCACAAUUGUUCCAUUUUAUAACCCAGAAAAUGCAGUAAGGAAGGAGCAAUUGGACACAUGGGGAUAAGAUGAGGAUACAGGUAGAAAUGCAAAUGAGAAGAGUAUUGGAAGAGAUAUAGAACUCAGGCAUAAAACAUGAGCCAUAUCUCCCAGGACUAGGAUGAAAUCAUAUGGGAUAAUCUAAUUUCCAUUGUUUGCAUACGAUAGCGUGUUUGAAAAAUAAUUGGCAUAAAUUAUGUAAAGAGUUGUUGAUGGGCUCAUUGUGCCCUGUAACUUCAAAACGUAGCCAGAAUUUGUCAUGAAUGAUUAGUGCUAGUCAUGUACCUGGACUUACCAAGGAAAGAGCAUUGUGAUGAGAUCUGGUUGGAACUUUCAUAAACAGACAGCUUCCCCGUGGCAACGGUCUGAUUAGAACAACCUCCCUCUCUUUGUUUGCAGCGCAAGAACAUGGCUGAGAGUGCAGGGGGAGGACUGGGUCCAUCCUGAGUAGCUACCACCACAGCUAUCAGAAGAGAAGGGCUUUCUGCACCUCACAGGAGGCGACCAGCACUUUACAUGAGCAAGCCUCAGGCUAGCUAAAUGCAUUGCACCUAUUCUCUCAGCACUUGGGCCUAACCCAAAACAAUUUUGAAGUCAGACUUUCCAUUGACUUCAGUGGGCUUUGGGUCAGGCUCUCAUACUACAGAAACUGCCUUAAAAAAAAA